CGUCCUUCUUUGAAUUGAAAACUCCGCUUGACUGAUGUGUGGCCUGCUGAUCAUGACAGGCCCAACAUGAAGAAUCCAACUGCCGAUGCGAACAGAUAGACUGGCCAAGUUCCACUGACGAAAUAAUUAUCUGCAGCCUAUCCCGGCAAACAUCGCGACAACCACCUGCACUUUGGCACUCCCUCGUGUCCGUAGCCCGUAGCCGUCUUCAGUCGGACGGGUCGCGCAACCCCAGAUACCUCAAACGUCAAUCCACCCGCUUCUUUCAACGGCUUUGGAAAAAUCGCGUAUCCGAUUCAGGCCGAUUCGACCUGCCGCACCUCGAGUUCCUCUGGAUCACUUUUUGUUCUCCGGUUCCCAAAGCGCGUCUGUUUCCACCAGGCGCGCCUUCCCCUUAUCGCCCACCUGCCUGGGCAGCCUAGCGCAGGAAUUUCUUCGGCUGCCACUAAGUCGAUAUUUACUUCAAUUCAUCUUUUGUCGGACUCUGGCCCUUUUGAUUACCGAUCACGCCGCUUACUGUGUCUCAAUUCUCUGUCGGCACCGACCUAGUUCAUCGCGCCGCAAACGUCAUCUCUUACUCAUCCCACUUCAGUACACCCACUCAUAAUCCUUCAUUCGUAUCUCACCCCAGACGUUCAGUCCAUCGCCGGCGGAUCAACGGCAUAUUAUGGCGAUUUCGUCCCCAGCGACCGCCGCAGCGCCGGCCGCAGCACCGUCACCACCAUCAUCAUCAGCUGCACCAUCAUCAGAAGCACCAUCAGCAACAGCAGCACCGCCGGCUGCAUCUUCUGCCAUGGCCAACUCCGUCGCCGAAAAGGAGACAGCCGCCGAACCGGAUCCUGAUCCCUGGCCGCAAAUCGAGCACAACUACUUCACCUCGAUGCGCCUGCACCGCGAGCGAGAGGACGCCGCCCUCGCCGAGGCAUACCACGCCAAGACGGACCCGCUGCGCCAGCGGCUCGUCGACAAUUACAACGCCCAGGCGGAGCUGCUGCGGCAGCUGCGGGCGCUGCGGGAGCAGUACGACACCGCCCAGGCCGAGCUGGGCGCGCUGGAGGAGGAGUGGCAGGUGCUCAUGGACGAGAAGAGGCGCGAGCGCGAGCGCGAGGACGAGGAGCGGCGCGCGUGGUUCCGCAAGUACCGGAGGGGCGGCCUGGCUUAUCGUGGGGCCGGGGCUGCUACCGCGACCGCUACCGCUACUGCUACUGCUACUGCUACUGCUACUGCUACUGCAGCUGAUGCUGAUGCUGCUGCCAAUGGUAGUGACGUGAAUGGGCAAGGGAAUGCCGAACGGGACGGCGAGCGGAGGAAAGUCGGGGAUAGCCGGGUCGACGGUCUCGAUAAGGGUGGAGAAGGGGAGGUCGAAGCUGAGGUUUCCAACGGACAGCAAUCGCAGGCCCAGGCAAAUGGGGAGGAGCAGAGGCGGGAGGAGAAUGAGCCUGAGAGUGAGGGCAGUGGCGAAGAGCAUGACAAGGGUGCCGUUGAGCAAGAGCAGAGAAACGGCAUGGAAGUGGACGCGCAACCGAGUGCGCUCGCGAAGAGUGUGGAAGUCCUGGGCUUUGCUCAAGGCCGCGAGAAGGGGCAGGAACACCGACAACCUGCCAACGGGGAUCGGGACGCGCCGGGCGUGCCAUCGUCUGUGAACGAUCACACGGAGAAGCCUCGGUUCGAGCCGGAGAAAAUUGAUGAUGAUAAGAGGGUAUCUGAUGGACAGGGAGACACUGUAUCAGAAGACCGACCCACGAAUGAGCACUCCUCGCCGCCUGUGGCUGGGCAAGGGGAAGGGGAGUCCCGGACAGUCGAGGCAUUGAGGGCGGAUGAGCGCGCCAAAAGCUCGCUAGCCGAGAGGAACACGGCGGAAGCUGUGCCCUCGGUUCCCCCCGGCAAAAGCAUCGAAAUGGACAGCUCUGAAACUGUCAAUGGGGCUGACCUUCCCCGACGCAUCGUAUCACCACCAACGACCGAGGCCGGAUCUCCUGUUGAGUCGCGAAUGCGGGAUCAACAACCAGAGAGUGCAGAACCAACCGCAGAUGCUCAGCAGGGAGGAAUCGAGCUUACCCAAAAUGCUUCAAGAGUUGAAAUAUCUGGCAUCAACGGGACAGUUGGGAGAAGGGAUGGGGAUGGGGAUGUGGAAAUGCCGGACGCCCAAAUACGGCCGGAGAACGAUACAAACGGUGCACUGGGCAACGAUAGGCCCCAAGCUGCGUCGGCUGCUCUUGGAGCCCCAGCCUCCCCCUCCUCGUCAUCCGAGCUGAGCUCGCGCAAUACGACCCCCGAACUGGACACCCCAGUAUACUUGGGCAGGGAUCCGAGCCCGUCCGAGACACCAGAACAGAAGUCCUUAGGGAACAUUGAAAUCCUCGGGGAGUCAGGCGAUCCGAUUGGGCGAGUAAAGGCAGAAGACUUUGGAAACAGUGUAAUGAGCCGCAUUGUCCAAUUGCCGGUCAAACGGCCGGUCCAGAUCCGCUCUGGCCGCAAGUUCACUACCGACGAUCUCGACGCCGUCGAGCGUCCGGAACCAGGCAAUGCUAGACCGUCCAGAUUCGUUAGCCUUUUUGUCCAGGCAACAGGUGAGCUGCAAGCCCGGCCCUGCUUGGACUGCACUGCCGACGGCGGUCCCUACUUGGACUGUGUCAUGGUCGAUGAUCCCGAGUUCCCUCGGUGCGGAAACUGCGAGUGGAAUCAGCGGUGUUGCCAAGGAGGCACUACGGAGCGCCCUUCUGAUUCGCGCCAAAACCUCACGAGCAAGCCGCCGGCGGAUUCGCCUACCAAGAGGCGCGCGUCAAGCAGCGGCCCCACGGCUAUAGACCCCGCAGCAGAGAAUCGAGAGAGCAGGGAAGAGUUGAAGCCCUCGACCAGCAACUCGGACGGACGAGAUAGCAGGGAAGCGGCCACGAAGAAGGGCCCGCGGAAGUCGCUUCCGGGUAGUCGAAAUGUACCGCUGCCAUCGACCCCUUCAACAUCCUUCCAGGAUGAAGGUGAACUGCUGCCCGAGAUCACCAAGGACGUCCUUUCUCUCAAGCAUGACGGGGUUGUGUUUACAGAUCCGCCCAUUAUGCGCGGCGUGCCACUGGCCAAGAUCUCGCCAGAGCACCCCUAUUGGGAGCCCGACUGGAAGCCGCUCGAGGAGAUCGUGGAGCCGGUGUGGCAGAAACACCAGGAAAGGUAUGACCAGCUCGAAAGGUCGGGAACGACGUACCGUGACAAGCACUUGGCGAACCGAGACGCGAAGCGCGGCCGCCUCAUUCUCAAGUUCCUGGAGGAGGGCGAGUUGCACCCGUACCAACUGGUCGGGAAACAAUGGAUCAAUCACAGGCUCACCAACUACGAUACGCUCUACCGGCUGGCGCAACUGCUGACUGACGAGCUGCCCAAGAUGAAUCUGGACGUCACCCCGUCGGAAUGGCUACGCCACCGGCUGCACGAGUUGUAUCUGGAGCACGGGGACAAGCUCGACGUGGCCAACUGGAUAAGGAGAGCGUACCACGACCGCAAGAUCGAACAACUCCGGUUGAAGAACGGCUUUCCCCGCGUCGGGCGCCCGCCGGCUCACGCAUCCAAGAGCACGGAGCCCGGCGGUAGCAGUAAGAAGGCGACGGGGCCGCGGUCGCUGAAGCGCAAAGACCCGCACCAAACGCCAGAGUCGACACCGAGCAAGUCAAAGACGGGCAGCACGUUGAGAGAAUCCCCUUCGGUAGCAUCGGAUGCAGGGUCGUCAUCGGCAGCGGCAACAGCAAAGACAGGGGGGCCAGGGCAGCAGCCCAAACCGAAGAAGAUCAAGAUCAUCACGAGCCAGCCCCAGCUCCAACCCAGCAGCAAGCCCCCAUCGACCAAGGCUCCCAAGAUCAUUUUGAACAGCCCGUAUCCGCCAUCCGCCACCAGCGACAAGGCGCCCGCUUUGAAGGGCAGCCGGGCUGCAGCCAAGGGGAAGGAAGACGACCAGGGCUCGGCGCUCGAAUACGACGGAUACACCUCGAGCGACUCCAUCAGCGGCGACACGCUGCACGUCAACGACUGGCGGCUGCACCAGGUCAAGACGCGCACGUUUGCGACCAACCCGCAAGUGACGCAGUACUGGCACUGGGUGACGGAACAGAAGGAGCACAACCUGAUCGAGCACCAGGUGCUCGAGUCGGUGGGGCCGCCGGUCAAGUGGUCCAUCUUCAAGAGGCCGUACAAUUUCCACCUGAAGCUGCCCGACAUCCAGGAGGUGUCGUUCGCGAGGGCCAGUAACAGGGUGGUGGUGACGCAUCGCAAGGGGAGGGACGGUAAGGACCUGGCUCCGCGGGGAGACAUUAUGGCCGAGUUCAAGCGGGACAGGACGAAACGCAGGUUCUUGACCUUCCUGCGUCGGGAUAAAGGAGUCAAGGUUAUCGAGCUGUCGAGGGAGGCGAUCGAGGCCAAGUGGAAUUCUCUCUCUCCCGAGACUCUCCCUGGCCCGGACUCGGAUUAGCUUCGCAAGGCCCUCUGAAAGGGCGAAGGCGUAGGCGUUUUGCUGAGCCUACUCCAGGGA